UCCUCCUCCGCGCCCCGUUCCCGCACCGAUCUCCCGAGAAAACACCCGCCCGCACCACGCCACGCCCAGACGAACUGCUCCCCGCCCUGCUCCCUCACCCCCGAGAGAGAAAGAAUGGGCGCUCCCUCCACCGCGCCCGCGCCCUCCCCGCCGGCGCUGCCCGAGGCCUCCGCGCCGGACGACCGUGCGCCGCCCGAGCCCGCCGCGCCGGAGCUGCCGCCGCCGCUGCGGCUGCGCUGCGGCGUGCAGCAGUACGAGUGGGGCCGGCGCGGCGCCGCCUCCCUCGUCGCGCGCCUCUCAGCCGCGGACUCCGCCGCCGAAAUCGACGAGGCCCGCCCCUACGCGGAGCUCUGGAUGGGCACGCACCCGGCCGCGCCCUCCGCCGUGCUCCCCGGCGGCGAGCCCCUCGGCACCUGGCUCGCGCGUAACCCGGCCGCGCUCGGCCCCGCCGUCGCCGCGCGCUGGGCCGGCGACCUCCCGUUCCUCUUCAAGGUGCUGUCGGUGGCGAAGCCGCUGUCGAUCCAGGCGCACCCGGACAAGGGGCUGGCGGAGCUGCUGCACGCCAUGCGGCCGGCCACGUACCGGGACGCCAACCACAAGCCGGAGAUGGCCAUCGCCGUCACCGACUUCCGCGCGCUCUUCGGCUUCGCCGGCAUCCAGGAGCUCAAGGAUGUUAUAAGGACUGUACCUGAAGUUGCAGGGCUGAUCGGACAUGAAGAUGCUGACAAGCUUAUGACUGUAAAAGAGUAUCAUGAUGGCAAUGAUGUAAAAUCCAGUCUGCAAUCAGCAUUCGCUAAGCUAAUGACAGCAAGUAAAGAAGCAGUUUCCGAAGCAGUUAAUAAAUUGAAGGGUCGCCUGAAUGAUGAGAGCGAGAUUCGGACCUUAACAGAGAAGGAGGAACUUGUUUUGUCUCUGGAGAGACAGUAUCCAGAAGAUGUUGGUGUUCUAGCCGCACUUCUCUUCAACUAUGUCAAGCUCAGCCCAGGUGAAGCAAUUUAUAUCGGUGCCAAUGAACCGCACGCAUACCUGUCCGGGGAAUGCAUCGAGUGCAUGGCUACUUCGGACAAUGUGGUUCGUGCUGGUUUGACACCUAAAUACAGAGAUGUGCAGACCCUCUGCUCCAUGCUAACAUACAAACAGAUCUUCCCUGAAAUACUGCGAGGGGUACCUGUGCAGCCAUACGUACGACGCUACACCCCUCCGACUGACGAGUUCGAGGUUGACUGCUGCUUGCUGCCUCCAGGUGAAGUGGUUGUCAUGCCACCGGUACCAGGUCCAUCCAUCUUCCUUGUCAUGACCGGGGAGGGCGAGGUUCAGGCAGACUCCAUGUCAGACGGCGAGAAGGCGAAGGAAGGCGACGUCUUCUUUGUGCCCGCGCACACCGAGGUUAGGCUCUCCGCUUCUGGCCAUGCGACGAUGCAGCUGUACAGAGCUGGGGUGAACAGCAGAGCAUUGUACGCGUGCAACGCUGCUGCUGCGGGGAAGAGGUCCCAGCUGCAGGACAUAUGCGAAAUGGCGAGUUAGCUGGGGCGCUGAUAUACAUACAGUAUAGGCCGAUGGAUGCAAGUGCUAAUGUAAUAUGUAUAGUCCAAUGGACGAGUAAUAAGUUCCUUGAUGCCUUUAGAACAAGGUCCCUUGCAUAUAGGUACCCUGGCAUGGCAUGCUCUCUGCUGUUAGAUAACUAAUGGGGUCAGUGAAUAAGAAGUUUCAGUCCUUCUGCUAACCUGUAAAAGUUCAGUGACCAGAUGUAAAUCGUGCAGUUCUCCAGUUCAGAGGAUAAUUGGAGAUGCUGAUACACCAGUGCCUGUGCAUUUCAGCGUUC